GUUGCUCAGAAAGGUCCACUCUACCAUCCUUGAUCGACGUUCGCCACCCGCCGCAGACUGGAAAAAGAUCAAGGCCCCGGUGCUGAUCGCAUAUGGAGCUGAGGACAAGUUAUAUCCGCCGGCGGUCUCCCAAGAGGUAUACGAUUUAGUUUCAGAGGCUCGAAGGAGAGAAAUUCAUUGUGUCCCUAACGGGGCACAUCUGUUUACAUGGCACCAAGCAUCCACGAUAAACCCCAUCCUCGUGGAAUUCCUGGAAAAACCAUGA